AUGAACGCUAUUGGCGUGAUCAAAAUUGCAACAGUUGUCUUCAUUGUAGUAACUGGCUGGGUUAUCUUGGGAGGCGCUGUUGCCAGCGUUCCCGACCCGUACACGAGCUUUCGCCGUCCGUUCGCUGCAUCGGCUACAUCGAGCAACCAGUAUUCGGCCGCGUUGUUCAAAGUGACGGGAUCAUUUGCCGGAUGGUCCAAUGCGGCAUACGUGAUGAACGAAAUCAAAAAUCCUACCCACACAGUGAAGAUUGCCGCUCCCACGGCGCUCCUCAUCAGUGGCACUCUCUAUAUCCUGGCCAACGUGUCGUACUAUUCCGCUGGGACGCCGUAUGAAAUUGCCAAUAGUGGAGUGACAGUGGCCUCGUUCUUCAUGGAGCGGGUUUUUGGAGCCGCCGCCAAGCGUGCCCUGAGCGUCCUCGUGGCAAUCUCCGCCUUUGGAAACGCCAUGACCACGACCUUCGCGCAAGCCCGCGUCAUCCAAGAACUAGCCAAAGAGGGAGUCCUACCCUUUCCACGCUUCUGGGCGGCUAGCUGGCCAUUUGGCUCGCCAUCUUCCGGGCUCUUCCUCCACUUCCUGCUCUCCUUUACCAUUCUCAUCGCAGUCCCCUUCGGCGAUGCAUAUAACUUCAUCCUAGACCUAGCAGGUUACCCCAACAGCAUUAUCAGCUUGCUCGUAGCCAUCGGCCUCUUAUAUCUGCGUUGGUCUUCUCCCGACAUUCCCCGUCCGUUCAAAGUAUGGUGGCCCGUGGCCUUCUUUUUCGCUGCUGGUCAGGCUUUCCAGCUUGUCGCGCCGUUCAUGCGUCCGCCCGGGGCCAAGGGGGAUACAUCGUUGCCGUACUGGCUGCAUGCUUUUGUUGGUAUUGUGGUGUUGCUACUCGGGGUUGUCUACUGGGCCGUGUGGCAGAAGAUAUCGCCGUGGCUGGGCCGAUAUAGACUUGUUCCAACGCAUGGGGCGUUGAAGGAUGGAACGACGGUUGUUGCUUACAAGCGGGUAUAUUCUUAG